CGGCGGCGUCCGAAGAUGGCGGAGGAGGCCGUGGGCGGCGGCGGGAGCCGGCGCGGGGCGGGGGAGCGGGAGCGGGAGCGGGACGAGGAGGGGGCGGUGGCGGAGCGGGGCCCGGGCGCGGCCUAUCACAUGUUCGUGCUGAUGGAGGAGCUGCUGGACAAGCUGAAGCUGCUGAGCUACGAGGAGGAGGCGCUGCGGCGACACAACAUGCGGCCGCUCUCCAGGCACUACUUUGCACUACCCACUAAUCCUGGUGAGCAAUUCUUUAUGUUUUGCACACUUGCUGCCUGGCUGAUCACUAAAGCGGGACAUCCCUUCGAACAGCCACAAGAAUACGAUGACCCCAAUGCAACAAUAUCCAAUAUACUCUCAGAAUUGCGAUCAUUUGGAAGGUCUGUGGAUUUCCCUCCCUCAAAAUUAAAGGCAGGUUACGGAGAGCAAGCAUGCUAUGUUCUUGAUUGUUUAGCUGAAGAAGCCUUGAAAUACUCUGGCUUUAGCUGGAAAAGGCCAGCAUAUCCAACAGAAGAGCUAGAAGAAGAAGAAGUAACAGAAGAUGAUGCAGAAUUAAUGUUUAAUAAACUGGAAGAGAGUGCUGUGGAAGAAGAGUCGGACAAUGAAGAAAAUUUUAUUGACCUGAAUGUUCUAAAGGCACAAACAUACAGAUCGGACAUGAAUGAUUCUGCAAAGCAUGAAGAGAUUUUACAGUCCACGACAGAUGCAGCAGAGUGGAAUCUGGAAGUGGAACGUGUGCUUCCACAGCUGAAAGUUACAGUCAGGACUGACAAUAAGGACUGGAGGAUUCAUCUAGAUCAAAUGCAUCAGCAUAAGGAUGGAAUUGAAUCUUCUCUGAAAGAAACUAGGGGUUACCUUGACAAACUCCAUAAUGAAAUCAGCAGAACACUGGAAAAGAUCAAUAGCAGGGAAAAGUACAUCAACAAUCAGUUGGAGCACUUGGUUCAAGAGUACUGUUCAGCACAAGCCUUGCUGAGUGAGGCUAAAGAGAAGUACCAGGAGGGAAGUGGAGGAGUAACUCAAAGGAUUAGAGUGCUUUCUGAGAUUACAGAAGUAUUAGAGAGAGUAAAGCAGGAAACGGAAGAGAAAGGAAGCAGUAUGACUGAUGGUGCUCCUCUAGUGAAGAUUAAACAGGCCUUAACAAAACUGAAGCAAGAAACCAUUCAGAUGGACAUACAAAUUGGUGUAAUGGAAAACACAUUACUCCAGUCAAAGCUGAAAGAAAAAAUCCAAUAUGACUAGAGAUAUGCAUACAACAGUGAUCACAAUCUUUACCACCUCUCUUGACACGCUGUAACUUUUAUGCCUAAAGCCUCAGGACUCAGGAUGGAUUUGCUUAUCCCUUUGUCUGGAGGAGAGACACCUUUGUGUUGCAGCUUUCAAAACCCCUUGUAUUUCAACCACCUUCUUCUGCAGAGAAAUUUCCUUCUUAUUUGCAUCUUGAAGAGCUGUGUUCAUACCUAGAGUUUCAAAGCAGUUUAACGUGGCCUUUAUCAAGCAUAAGGUUUGCCUAGGAGGAGGAUACCUUUCAUUUGUGAGAAAAGAUGUCCUGUCCAGGGGUGGAAGAAAAGGGAGAAACGUGAGAAGAUACGGCUGCAAGAUGUAGCCUUUAGAAAGCGAUAAUAUUCCUUGUAGGACCCAGAUAUUUGUCCUGUGGCCACGUAUUGUGGGGUGUCUCUGAAAAGCUGAAGUUGCCAUUCCUGAUUUUAGCAAAGUGACCCCAACACUUCACAAAUACAGCAAUGAACAGGGCCCAUAGCAUACAGAAGGAUCUGUCACUGCACAACAGUAAACUAAGUCUGCAUCUGAGAAGAAACAUGGCAUUUAUUUUUUAGUUACUCAGAACAAAAACUACCAGUUUAUCAGAGUGAGGGGACCUUCUGACAAGCAGGAGAUAAAGCUUUGCUGUGAUGCAGAAAAUGCAACAACAGUAAAGGCCUAUAUGAAGUCUUUUUAUGACACUCCAUUUUAUAUUUCAUGCCAGAGAAUGCUGAGACCUCCUUUUCACUGUCUUAAGUGUGCUAGCUCCAUUAUACCGCUCCCGAUCUUUAAACCAUGCUUUGGAAAAUGUAUCCUUUAUCACACUUCUGUGAUCGACUAUGCUUUACUCAGUGCCAUAAUUGUUUACAACACGCCACAGUCUUCCACUGGAUGAAAACACAUUUAUUACAGACAAUGGUGCCAGUGCUGAUCUGUUCUUAUUGGCCUUUUGGAAAAAAAAAAAAAGACAAAAAGGCAUCUGUUUUCAGCGGCUGGUCAGGUUAGUGUUGGAAGUCACUUCUUGGUGCUUUUCACCCUGUGUUGGAAUCCAGCUGCCAGCGCUCCAGGUCCCCGUUCAUUCAGGACUGCCUCCCUAGAGGUGGUGUCCUGGGGGACUCAGUUUGAGGCUAAUUCUAGCACUGACCUCGCCUUUCACAAGCUGUGCAAACAAGUUUUCACACUGAGUCAUUAGAGCCCUAGAAAUGGUUUAUACAGUUAAAAAAGCCAAGUGUGUCAAAAUGAGUCAUAUUUUUCAAGUGACGAUUGCUAUUUUGAGUAGCUGUUUUGCAUUACACUUACCAGGACACCCGGGAACCAACAGUAAGCUUUGCUGCUGAUCUCCCUUCCCACAACAUGAACCACUAGGGCAGUUUUAUCACUCAUAUCACUGAGCUGCACCUUGUGUUUCCCCAGAAAUCAUAUUCUUGGGCAUAAACAUGACUCUGUCAUGGGGCAAUUGCUGCAUGUUUCUACAAAAAAUUUCUUCAGGCAAAGAAGAUCAUUGCUCUUAGCAGCCAGCCCGAAUCACAGACUGCAGACCCAGCGUCUCUGCCUUGGAGAAAGCUGAAAAUGGAACUGAGACCCCAUGGGCAUCUGCAGUGAUAUCGGCGUGCAGAGUGAAGAAAGGCAAGGUUAAGGACAUGGUAGUUGUGAUCACUCCCAUGGAGGAUGGACUUGGAGGACAAAAGGUGCUGAACAUGAGGAAACAAUUGGACAUGAGAAGCAAUCCCAGAAUCAGGAACAAGAGGCUGGAGAGCAGCCCUGUGGAGAUCUGGGGAUUCUGGUUGACAGCAAGUUGAACACGAGUCAACAGUGUGUCCUGGCAGCCAAGAGGGCCACCCGUGUCCUGGGUGCAUCCAGCACAGCACUGCCAGCCGGGCGAGGGAGGUGAUUGUCCCACUCUGCUCUGCACUGGUGCGGCCUCACCUGGAGCACCGUGUGCAGUUCUGGGCAACACAGGAUAAAAAGGACAUAAAGCUACUGGAGUGUCCAGAAGAGUGACGCAAAUUUGGUGAAGGGUUUGGAGAGGAAGCCGCAUGAGGAGCAGCUGAAGUCACUUGGUUUGUUCAGCCUGGAGGAGACUGAGAGGAGACCUCACGGUGGCUACAGCUUCCUCACAAGGUGGGGGAGGAGGGGCAAACGCUGAUCUCUUCUCUUUAGUGACCAAUGACAGAACCCAAGGGAAUUGCAGGAAGAUGUGCCAGGGGAGGUUUAGGUUGGACAUUAGGAAAAGGUUCUUCCCCCAAAGGGUGGUGGAGCACUGGAACAGGCUCCCCAGGGAGGUGUCACGGCCCCAAGCCUGACAGUGUUCAAGAAGAGACUGGACAAGGCCCUCAGACACAUGGUGUGAACUGUGGGGUUGUCCUGGGAGACAGUUAAAAGGUUAGGUGAGGACGGAUGCUAAGCUGCUUCAAGAAACAGAUACACAAGCAAAGGAAACUGUAAACGGAAGGAGGGGGGAGGAGGAGGAAGGCCAAGCCCAGUAUGCUGACUAUGUUGGCAUAAUGCUGGUUUUUGCACAGACCUUCUUUGUUAGCAGCUCUUCCAGUUUUGAACUCUGAAUAGCUGGAGCUGUUCCAGCUGUUACGCGGGAAGAUAUUACAUUAUCUGCUGCAGCCACAAAGAAACAGUUAAGCGCAGUGUCAACUGCUGCAGGAGUACAAGGAGACCCUACUGGUAACAGCCACAAGCCAAUAAAAUUGUCAUUGUUUGGCUACUACCUUGAGGGCAAAGGGUAAAAAAAUUCUUACAGUAACCCUUUCCAGGGCAUUACAGUUUCCCUUUUGCUUUUUUUUUUUUCCUGUCCCUCUUUGGAGGUGAACUGCAUUUAUCUGCUGUUAUUCGGUAGAUAAACAGGGUUUCAUUCUUGAAUGUUGUAUGUCCAAUGUAAUUUUUGCAAGCAAUAGGGACAUUUCAAACAAAACUAAAGCUGCUUUAUAGGUUUUUUUUGUUUACCAGUGGAUUUCCAGUGGACUUACCAGUGGAUUUUUGUUUACCAGUGGAUUACCAGUGGAUUUACCAGUGGAUUACCAGUGGAUUUUCCCAUGGAUUUCCUGUUGAACACUUCAUUUUUUUUUCCUGUUUGCAAGUUCAAAUUUGGUGUCAAAGGGCAGAACCCACAAAUAUCACUUCGGGCAGGUUUAAAGGCAGUUAUAUUUAAAUAAAAUUUAGUCAGAAAAACAUGAGUUGAAGGCCUGUUCCUUGAGAAAGGCCAUAAGCUAAAUUUAAAGUUGCCUCAUAUAAUUCAGAAAAUUACUUAUUCCUUAUUCCUUCUUUGUCUCUACUCCAAACUGGAGACUUGUGGUGACAAGCUGCUUGAAAAAAACUCCUGUGUAACCAAAUUCAGGUGGAAAAAUGGCCACAGGAUGAGGCCAAAA